GGCUUCAAACCGGAAAUCCGCUCUUGUUUUUAAUCUGCUUGAAAAACGUGGUACGAUUCGCAGUGUGCGGACUAAUAUAAGGGAAAUUUGCUGUUGUCCCUGCUGUUUGUUAUUAGUCCUUUGCUGACUGGCGACAUGUUCUUGCAAAUUUACCUCGACGAUAAUGGGGACAGAGUCUACACUUUGAAGAAAGUGGCACCCAAUGGCCAGCCUACCUGCUCGGCCCACCCAGCCCGCUUCUCCCCAGACGACAAGUUCUCUCGACACCGGGUGACCCUGAAAAAACGCUUCGGACUUCUGCUCACCCAACAGCCUCGACCUGUUCUGUGAACGAGAUCAGAUAUGGAGGGAUAUCUGGAAUGCAUAGAAGAGAAGGAAACGUUAAAUCCUUAUCACGCCAGGACUUGUCCCAAAUUCUACUCCUGCAAGUGUGCUCUGUGAUGUUCACAUUGCAUUGUCCCUUUGUAAUAAUUCCUUGUUUUUUGUUUUUUUUAAGACAUUUGAUUUUGUGUUGAAGGUGUCCAAUAAACACCCAGAGAUGAGAACAGUUGGAAUAAACACACGAUACGACAAAUA